AUGACUUCGGUCCCCGUCGUCAACUGGACGGGCGAUGCCCCGGUGGGCGGCUGGAACGAGAGCCGCUGGGCGGCAGAGGCUCCCCCGGCUGCCAGCAACCUCUCCUUCCCGGCGCCGCCGGCCAACUUCUCCAACCAGUUCGUGCAGCCGUCGUGGCGCAUCGCGCUCUGGUCCCUGGCCUACAGCGCCAUGGUGGCCGUGGCCGUCUUCGGGAACCUGAUCGUCAUCUGGAUCAUCCUGGCCCACAAGCGCAUGAGGACGGUGACCAACUACUUCCUGGUCAACUUGGCUUUCUCCGACGCCUCCGUGGCCGCCUUCAACACCCUCGUCAACUUCACCUUCGCGCUGCACGGCGAGUGGUACUUCGGCGAGGCCUAUUGCCGCUUCCAGAACUUCUUCCCCAUCACCGCCGUCUUCGCCAGCAUCUACUCCAUGACCGCCAUCGCCGUGGACAGAUAUAUGGCCAUUACUGAUCCUCUAAAGCCCAGACUUUCUGCCACUGUUACUAAAGUUGUGAUUGCAAGCAUAUGGAUUCUGGCGUUUCUGCUUGCCCUUCCUCAAUGUCUCUUUUCAGAGACAGAAGUGAUGCCCAGAAGAACUCUGUGCUAUGUCAAAUGGCCAGGUGGCAUCACACAGCGUUUCACGUACCAAGUCAUUGUGAUUGUAUUGGUGUACUGCUUCCCACUGCUUGUCAUGGGUAUCACUUACACGAUCGUUGGAAUCAGCCUUUGGGGAGGUGAGAUCCCAGGAGAUACAUCAGACAAGUACCAGGAGCAGUUGAAAGCAAAGAGGAAGGUGGUAAAAAUGAUGAUUGUUGUUGUGCUGACAUUUGCAGUCUGCUGGCUCCCCUACCACAUUUACUUUAUAGUUACUGGGAUCUAUGAGCAGUUAAAUCGGUGGAAAUACAUUCAGCAAAUCUACUUAGCCACCUUUUGGCUAGCCAUGAGUUCGACCAUGUACAAUCCCAUUAUCUAUUGCUGUCUCAACAAGAGGUUCCGAGCAGGCUUCAAGAGAGCUUUCCAAUGGUGUCCUUUCAUCAAAGUGUCCACUUAUGACGAACUGGAGCUGAAGACAACCAGAUUCCAUCCAACCAGGCAAAGUAGCUUAUAUACAGUUUCCAGAAUGGACUCCAGCAUGACUGUAGUGUUCGAUGCCAGCGAUGGAGAAAACACCAAAUCCAGCCGGAAGAAAAAAGCUCCACCCCAGGAAGCCAGCUUCAAUGGCUGUUCCCGUAUGAGUUCCAAAACCACCUCCACAGUCUCAAGUUACAUCAACUCCCCAUAUACAUCCGUGGAUGAGUACUCCUAAAGCCAUAUGAAAGUGGAGAAUGCAGCUAACAAAUGAGACAAUUCUGUUCUGCCUUAGAACCAAACAUCCAGGUUUCAGAAAGGCAACUAGACUUUAGUUCCUGAAUGCCAACUGCAUGUUGAUAUAUACAUGUUAUCCUAAGCCUUUUUUUUUUUUUUGCUUGUUCAAGCCCAACUUUGGUCUUUGUGUUUGGGGGGAUGAACUACUUGACACCUGUUUACAUCUCAUAAGGACAUAGUGUCAAACUGUAAAAAGGAACGUUUGUCGGAAUUGUACAGUACAUAUCCACAACAUGUGUCUCAACAUUGUUUUUGAUACAGACAGCUGAUAGUUCUCAUCUGAAUUGCAGGAUUGCAAAAUUGGCCAGUUAGGAAGGCACAAAAGUUGGUAGUUUUUCCAUGUUUAAUUCAAUCACU